AUGUCGGAAAAUAUCAAACACGAAACUGAGAUAUCAGAAGAAGCUUCUACCUCUGCUAAAAAGGUUUUACCGAGCGAAAGACGGAUUCCUGCAGAGCAAAAUCAAGUCAAAGAAAAGGAAGAUUUGAAGAGUAACGAGGAAAAUGUAGACAUUGAUGAACAUUUAUAUAAACCCGAAGAAAUCGCCAAGCGAUAUCGCGUUGAUAUCAAUAUUUCUAAACCUGCAGAGUCACGGGGACUGGGUACGGAUCAAGCUAGAAAGUUAUUGGAAGAAAAUGGUCCAAAUGUUCUCACGCCACCUCGCAAGAGACAUCCCAUCUUAAAAUACUUUGAUUGUUUACGUACUUUAUUCAAUAUAUUACUUAUUGUUGCGGGAAUUUUAACGUACAUUGUACUUGCUAUAGAUCCAAAAAAUAAUCAAUCCAAUAGUUACCUUGGAGCUAUUCUACUCGGCGUGGCCUUUUUGAAUGCACUUAUUGAAUUUUAUCAGCUGCAAAAGUCAGCCGCAAUUUUAGAAUCAUUUUUAAAUAUGAUUCCGCAGAAUUGUUAUGUUCUUAGAGAAGGCCAGCUUUCGCAAAUCCAAGCAUCUACCUUGGUUCUCGGUGACGUAGUUUUUGUAAAGAUGGGAGAUAAAGUGCCUGCCGAUCUAUUUAUAUUCAGCGCAACUGAUAUGAAAGUAGAUAAUUCAUCCCUUACCGGUGAAUCAGAACCACAAGAAAGGACAAAGGCAACAAGUACUCAAAAGAACCCAUUGGAGGCUUCUAACCUUUGCUUUAAUAGUACAUUGGUUGUGUCAGGUGAAGGUUAUGGCAUCGUAAUUAGAACUGGCGAUGCGACUAUAUUGGGUCAAGUUGCUGGUCUUACCGCCGGUGAAGAAAGGAAUGAAUCACCUUUAGCACAAGAAACUGAUAGAUUUGUAAGAAUCAUAGCAACGAUUGCCACCUUAUGUGCUAUAAUAUUUUUUGGAAUUAGUUUUAAAAUAGUUAAUGUUUUCGCUCUUAACGUGAGUUUCGCAAUGGCUAUACUUGUCGCAUGGGUUCCUCAAGGGUUGCCAGCGACUGUUACUAUUCUUUUAACUAUAGCAGCAAAAAGAAUGGCAUCACAAAAUAUUCUUGUCAAGGAUCUUCAAGCCGUCGAAACGCUAGGCGCGAUUACCCUUUUGGCUACAGAUAAAACUGGGACUUUAACUCGAAAUCAAAUGACCGUUACUUAUAUUUGGACUUCCUUAAAUAUAUAUUCUCCACUUCGAAACGUACAAUCCGAUGAUGUUUCUUUCGAUCCCAAUGCGCCUGGUAUUCAGGAAAUUAUCCAUAUAGCAUCAUUAUGCUCCCGAGCAAAGUUUGAUCGUUACGAUAUUCCAUUUGCUGAACGAGAAAUUUUAGGUGAUGCUACCGAAACUGGGUUAAUUCGUUUUGCCGCUCAAAAUGUAGAUGAUUAUGAUGACAUUAUUAGGAGUUAUCCAAAAGUUUUCGAAAUUCCUUUCAAUUCUGAAACAAAAUGGGCGUUGACUAUUCAUAAGAAGAAACAUGUCUCGGGCGAGUUGACAUUAUAUAUUAAAGGAGCACCUGAACGAGUACUUAAACUUUGCUCUACAAUAUUAUCAGGGAAUAAGGCGAUACCUUUAACUGAUGAGCAUAGACAAAAAUAUGAUGAAAUAUAUGAGUUUAUGGCUUCAAAAGGACAUAGAGUAUUGGCUUUCGCACAAUUAUUGUUGCCAAGUGAUCAAUAUCCUGAAAACUUUGAAUUUGAAAAAGAAGAAAAAAAUUAUCCGUUGGGUGAUUAUUGUUUUGUUGGAUUAUGUUCAUUAGAAGAUCCUCCAAAGCAUGGUGUUCGUGAAGCUAUUGGAACUUGUCGUAAGGCUGGUAUUCGAGUAAUUAUGGUUACUGGCGAUCAUCCUUUAACCGCUGAAUCUAUUGGUCGCAAAAUUAAUUUAAUCAUAUCAGAUACCAAAUCACUCGUCGCUAAAAAAUCUGGUAGACCUAUUGAAUCGAUUCGUGAUAAUGAGUAUAACGCUAUUGUCAUUCAUGGUGAAGAAAUAGAUUCAUUGAGCGAUAAUGAUUGGGAUAAUAUUUUUCAAAAGGAAGAAAUUAUUUUUGCACGUACAUCUCCUCGACAUAAACUUGAAAUCGUCAAACGUGCGCAAUCGAUGGGUCAUAUCGUCGGUGUAACUGGAGAUGGUGUAAACGAUUCACCCGCUUUAAAGAAAGCAGAUUUAGGAAUUUCUAUGAAUCUAUCCGGGUCUGAUGUUUCUAAGGAGGCAGCAGCUAUGAUCUUAAUUGAUGAUAACUUUGCAUCUACAGUAAAGGGUAUUGAAGAAGGUCGCCUCAUUUUUACGAAUCUUAAAAAGUCCAUUCAAUACACGCUCACUCAUAUCACUCCUGAAGUCAUGGUUUCAUUGUUAUAUAUUGUCGUACCUAUCCCAUUACCGUUGUCGCCAAUCCUCAUCUUGAUAACAGAUUUAGGAUAUGAAUUAUUUAUAGUUCUGACAUAUGCAUGGGAUCAACCAGAGAGCAAAAAAGAUCUUAUGAAAGUACGUCCAAGAAAGCCCGUUACUCCAAAGUCAAUAGAACGUGUACGUCGCAUUGCUCUUGAUCGUACGCCAACCAUCACCGAUCAGGAAACGGGUCGACCUAUAACACCUUCAAGAUUCUCAUUGUUUUUGCAUUCACUAAAGAAGCCUUUUACGGCAAGAUGGUGGUCGGAAUUACUUGAAAACAAUGAUGAGGAAGUAUUAGUUGACGGAAAACUUCUCUGCUGGGCAUAUUUAGAAGUUGGCAUGAUAGAAACUAUCGGCGCAAUAGUUGCAUAUUUCGCGGUAUUGAAUCAUAAUGGUAUUACCCCAUAUGAUGCACGUCAGAUGCAAAAUUCAGUAACUGAAAAAGGUUAUUUCACUCAAGAUGCAGAAUCUUACAUAAACGUUCAUGGUGAUGAGAUAACUAAGGAGAUACAACUGAGAGCAGCUGCUGAAGCACAAUCUAUUGUAUAUUUAUCAAUUAUGAUUCAACAAAUGUUCAAUCUAUUCGCCUGCAAAUCGCGACAUCGGUUUCCAUUUGGCAGAUUUAUGUUCUCAAACCAUCGUAAUUUUAUUGGAGUAGUUCUUGGUGCGGCAUUUGCCAUGUGUAUUGUAUAUAUUCCGCCGUUUAAUGUUGCAUUUGUAACAAAAUAUACACUUAAUCCAAUAUUCUGGUUAAUACCUAUUGGAUCUGGUGUGUUGAUCUUGGUUUAUGCUUGUAUUAGGGUACUCGUAUUGCUGAAAUGGCAUCCCAAACGACUAAAUGCAGAAGUAUUAGGAUUAGAUUUGCAUCCUACUGUAUAUUCUAUUGAAAAAUCCUAA